AUGGGGGCUACAGAUGACGACCCCUCGUAUGCUUUCCCAGCGUGGACGCUCUUGUACGUGGUCGUGAUGGCCUUGUCCCUUGCGGCGUCGUUCACGGCAGCGCUGGCCCUGCACAAGUACUCGAAACUCGUGUCGUCGUGCAUCUGCUACGCCAUGUUGCACUUUUUCACGUGGAAGUCCAUCUACUCGCUGUUCCGGAUCACGGUGCUGGCGGUGCUCAUGGAACAGUUCAACCACAAGUCAUCAACUUGGUUCAUUCUCGACCGAGACCACGACAUUGGCGGGUUUCGCUUGGUCGGACACGAAAACGCAGACCACCUUGGGGACGUGGGGCCCCCUCCGUUUUACGUAAAAAUGGCCCUAUUCAUCGGGGACAUUUCGUUGUUGUCGGGGUCGUUUUGGAUGUUUGUGCUCGUGGCGGAACUGCUGCGCUUGGUGAAAACUACGGUGGACCGCGGCGUGCACGCAGAAAGAAAAAUCGCCCGCGCUUACAUGGUCCUCAAUCUCAUCCUCAUGCUCGCCUACUUUGCUGGCGUGACUUCCUCGACGCUGCCAUCCACGCACUCGUUUUACUCGAACCGGUUCCGAUUGUUUCUUGUGACGUCGACGGCAUCUCAGUGCGCUGUCGUCCUCUUUGUGUCCGGCGCGGUACUGUACCUGAACUGCACGGGUCAAAAACUCGAAUGCGUGCAUUGCAGCAUCGUUCAGAAACCACUCUACUGUCGCCUCAAGCAAAUCUUAUUGGUGUACGACAUUACGGCGCUGCAGUACUUUGCCGUGGGGUGGAUCAUGACGGUCAAGCCAGCCACCCCCCACGGCAACUUUGAUUACCUUCCUCGCGGUCUCGUGAUUGUGAGCAACCUUCUCUACUUUGCAUCGCCCAUUGCGCUGGCGUUUCUGCUGGUGGCCAACCAGCAGUGCAUGAUGUCGUGGUGUAUGGUCCCUGAGGACGUGAUCCAGCAAUUCCAAGCGAACGAACCCCCGACGGACUUUCCCGUGUUUGUCAACACGGACAUUGAAUCGUCCAGCGCUCUUUGGGGAGCUUUAGGUAGUGUCAUGCACGACGCCCAAGACAUCCACGACAACCUCCUGCGCACGCUCUUGGUACCCCAUCACGGGUACGAGAUCACAACUGCCGGGGAUUCGUUUCAGCUGGCGUUUCACAACAUUGCCGACGCUGUCGCAUAUUGCUUGGACGUCCAGCAGAAGCUGUUGCAGCAAGAGUGGCCCCGGGCGUUUGUGGACUGCCACAUGCCUGGCAGUGCGACCAUCACAACGCAUCAAUCCUUGUUGAAGCGACCAAAGAUGGUGUUCCACGGCGUGCGGGUGCGCAUGGGAAUUCACGCGUCGAACCCCGCCGAAGGUGACUUGGUCAACCAAGUGCACCCUGUCACAGGUCGCAUGAUGUACGUGGGACUGUCGGAAUUGAUUGGUCGGGAAGUGAGCGAUAUUGGCUGCGGCGGGCAAAUCAUCAUCACGGCCCCCAUCGUUCGGUGGCUGCGCAUCAACUUGGCGCAAAGAACUGAGUGGGCGAAAGCUCAUUCGUGUCUCUAUUACGACAUGGGUGUCCACCGCAUUCAAGACUUGAAAAUUGACUUGGGGAUAGCCCAGGUCGUGCCACUGAGCCUCCACGAGCGGGUAGGGAUGUUCCCCCCGCGAAGCAGCACCGUCAGAUUUGACUCGCCCCGCUGCCCCGAGACCAGCCACUACUCGCUCUUGAUUUCGCCCCAUCAACCCCAGUACCCUUCGUACCCCCCAAGUGCGUUCUUUCGUAGUCCCUGUGAUCAAGGCAACAUUUCAUUGAUGGCUUGACUGUAAUAUUGUGAAUUUAAUACUAUUAAUAGUAUAUAUUUAAC